UAAAUACAGUCUUCGCCGCCUUGCAGGAAGGAACUAAUCUUUAAUUACAGUCAAAAUUUCUUCUAUAGCUAAUAAAUUACUACUUAUCUACAAUCUCGAGUUAAAAUCUGUCUCGUCAUUCCAAAAAUUAAUUUUACGACACCAAUUUUGUCCUAAAUUAUUCCAAAUAAGUAUCUCUCAUCAUUAUGCCAGUCUGCGUGUUGACGUGUGAGGCUUGCAUCUACACGACUCAUAAAGUUUGGAACAUCAGCAUUUUUGGCUUAGGAGCCACCCAUGCCCAGGAAAUGAGGGCACGCUAUCCCGAACUCAACCUGGGGACAGCGAACAUUCUUUCUGUCGACGCCUGGCCAAACUUGAGGUCCACAGAUCCGCGUUUCGAGUUCCAACAACGCGUGGAGGCCACGUUUUCAAAUCUUCUGCGGAAUAAGCCCGACGCGAUUUUGAACUUGGCUACCUCAUAUCUCACCGCCUUGGAAGAUUUCACAGAAUAUAGAUUCUACCAGAAGAAUCGAUCUUAUAUUUCAAAUACCAUGUCAUCAGCACCACUGCCAUCUCGAAGAAGAAUGGGACUAAAGAGUGGAUCUUUACUAUGGAAACAAAGUAAAUGUAUGGCAAACCGCCUGCAAUCCUGGCAUCCAUGAAAACUUUGGAUAUUCGGAUAAACAUAAGACCUAUAUUAUUGAUGAAUAUAUAUAUAAUUUUUCGCAAAGGUGUCAAACAAUUUUUGUGCCAAACAAUUUUUUGUGUUUCUUUAUUAAUUUUUCGAGAAAUCCACAUUUUUGUAACAAUACUAAAGUAAAUUAAUGCAUUUGAUUUAAUUCUCAAAUCUCGCAAGAUAUGUUGUAUAUUUUUUUAUAAUGGACUUAUGUACAUAUUAAUACACAAUGCACAUUAAUAACUGAAAUCAAUUUAAGAUUGGUUAGAUAUUAAUUUUACAUGUGAUAUUUUUUGUCAGUGGUUUGCAUACAUAUGUAGAUAAAUUUGAAGAAAUGUCGAAAGUGCGAAAAUUUGGCUGCUCAAGGUAUACAGAUUAAGGAGUAAAAUUUGCGAUGACACAACUGAUUGUGCAAAAUUUACUGAACAAAGGUAAAAUCUACUCAACGUUGUGCGAAAUUUCUACAACGUUGGAUACAUUUUAAGUUAAAAUUUUACUCAACCUUGAGUAAAUUUUAACCAAAUUUAUUUAGCGUGUACAAGAAGUUAAAAUGAGCUUAAUUUAACCAGUAACUUUUAGUUAUUGUGGGAUUCGUAUUCUCGGAAACAUACCUCGAUUGAUACGUACGUUUUUAGUACAUAUCUACAUAAACAUAUCUAAACGUUUAAAUGCGUAGUGCAUAUUUAUCAAAAAAAGGCGUCAACGUUUGAUUAAUUUACUUAAGUAUUUGAUCAAUAUGGCCUUAUAUUCACAGCAAACUUCAUAUUUUGUUUGCAAAAUUAGUCCACGCAAAACAUAUCUAAUAUACAUACACAUUGUUGAAUUUUCGUAUUGAGUGAUCGUAGAAGUUUUUCCUUACA